AUGAAUAUCGCAGCGAUAUAUUCUUUCAUACAUUCUCUAUGGGCCGUUACUGCCUCCUUGUUCCCACAUGGAGUUCACGUAUCAACCAGAAUGUCUCAAUUUGAAAUACGUACGCUGCCUGAUAGCUCACCUUUGCCGCUCAGCUGGGCUGGUCGGCUUCCUGUUCCCGAAACGCCCGCAGGCAAUUCGUUAUUCUUUUGGCUCUUCCAGGCUGAGGAUCCUGCAUAUGAUGAGAAUUUCAUAAUCUGGUUCAACGGCGGUCCCGGUUGCUCAUCCCUUAUAGGGUUAACCACAGGGAAUGGACCGGUCUCGUUUGAGGGCAAUUCCACUCGUCUCGUUCAGAACCCACACUCUUGGACCAAACUAGGACAUGUUCUCUAUGUCGACCAACCGGUAGGAACAGGCUAUUCGACCGCAAGUAACCCUUAUCCCGCCCCAGACAACGACCGAGUAACGUCCGACUUCUACAAAUGGCUUCGAAAUUUCCUCAUCCUUUUCCCCAAUCUCCGCUCGAAACGGAUACAUAUGAUUGGGGAGUCAUGGGCAGGAAACUACAUUCCGUACUUUGCCUCUGCCAUCGUCGGAGGCCAGGACUCGUUUCCCGUCGAUCUCCGUUCCCUAUCCAUCGGUGAUGGGACCAUCGGAAACCCCGCCGCCAUGUCCACCAUCAGCAUCGGGCCGUUCAUGCGCUCCCAAAAAGACACCCUCCAGAUACCAAACAAGAUCAUAUCCGCCUUCGCCGAAGCGGAAAGAAUAUGUGGCUUUGACAAGGUCUUAGAAGCAGCAAAUCGGUACCCUCCCAAUGGCAAGAUCCUCAUCCCGGGCAAUCCAGAAAACCCGAACUAUAAACGCCACCAGGAUCUUCCAAGUCGCAGUGACCCAACAUGCAACAUCCAACCAACCACACCAGACCGCGUCCUGGCAUCCAUCCUCAACUCCACCUGCUACGGUUCCUGUGCCACCUUCGCCACCGCAUUCGAUUACAUGAACACUGCCUCUGCCGCCGGCACAGGAAAGCAGUGCCACGACAUCUACGACACCCACAAUGACUGCAACACAAUCGACCCCCUCGACCUUCUCGCCUCAUACUUCAGUCGUGCAGAUGUCCAGGUCACACUGAACCUGCUUCCCGCCGCAGGCCACGCCACCAAUAAGAACAAUAUCUCCGCCACGAACUUCAGCCCCUGCAACAGCACCAUCCUGACUACAUUAUUAACAAGCCUGUCCCCAGUAGCCCCAGCAUACUCCCUCCUCCCCGACCUCGUCACAUCUCAUAACAUCUCCCUCCAUGUCUACUCAGGUGAGCACGACAUGCUAGUCAACCAUUUCGGGACCGAACUAUGUCUCCAGAACAUGACGUGGAAUGGCGCGCAAGGGUUCUCCCGGAAACCUGGUCGGAUAUUCUUCGGCGAUGAUGCUGCGCCGACAUGGUCCUCGCCACGACCCUGUGAGAAGGGGAAUGCGACGGAGACAUGUGACGCUGCGGCGGCGGGCGUCUGGGCUUGUGAGCGUGGAGUGACUUAUCAUUUGUUUUGGGGCGCGGGUCAUAGUGUUUUUAGGAAGAAGCCGCGGGAGAUGUUUGCUUAUGUGCGGGAUGUUGUUGUUGCUGGGUGAUUUUCUUUUUCCGAUUU